AUGGCUCUGAAUCUCUCUUUCAGACGGUCGCUCCCAACUCUUCACAUCCUUCCAUUUUCCUUUCUCCACUCUAUAAUCCCGUUUGAAUUUUCUGCCACAUUUCUUAAUUUACGCAUUUCGUUCUCUUCUUUGGGGUGCAAUUCAGAUACAUUAUACCAUUACUACAGCUUCACCGGCCCCGAGUCCUACUACACUUCGUUUCUUCAAAACUCGAAGCACAAGUGUCAUCUAAGCCAAAUCCACGCCCAGUUAUACGUAGCCGGACUACAUCACAAUGGCUUCAUAUUCACUAAAUUCAUCCAUGUGUGUUCAAAUCUCGGCGAAAUCGGCUAUGCCCGCCAGCUGUUCGAUGCAUUUCCCGAACCAUAUGUGUUUUUGUGGAAUGCAAUUAUCAAAGGGUAUGCAAGACAUGAUCUUUACAGCGAGGCCAUUGAAACGUAUAGAAAAAUGCAACACGUAUUUGAGAGGCCCGACUGCUUUACAUUACCUUACAUUCUAAAGGCUUGCGGUGACUUACCGGCUUUUCAGGUGGGUCGCGCUGUUCAUGGACAGGUUUACAGACUAGGGUUUGAGUCUGCUGUUUUUGUGCAAAACAGUGUUGUUGCAUUUUACACCAAAUGUGGAAAUGUCGGUCGUGCCCGUGUUUUGUUUGACCGGAUGCAUGAUAGAAAUAUUGUUUCAUGGACUUCAGUUAUUUCAGGGUAUGCUCAGAAUGGACAGCCUUUUGAUGCUCUGAAAAUUUUCAGUGAAAUGAGAGGAUUGAAUGUGGAACCUGACUGGGUUGUACUUGUUAAUGUUCUGAAGGCUUAUGCUGAUGUAGAUGACUUGGAAGGAGGUAAAUGUGUUCAUUCUCUGGUGAUUAAAAUGGGACUUGAGUUUGAGCAGGACUUGCGGGUAGCCCUUACAGCUAUGUAUUCUAAAUGUGGCCAAGUGAUGGUUGCAAAUUCUUUGUUCAAUGAAUUAGAGGACCGGGAUGUGAUUCUUUGGAAUGCCAUGAUAUCUGGGUUUGCAAAACAAGGUCAUGCUAAUGAUGCUGUUGAGCUUUUCCAUCAGAUGAUAGCAAAGAAUAUUAAACCUGAUUCUGUGACUAUACAGUCUACAAUUCUGGCUUGUGCAGAAGUACGAUCACUGGAUCAAGCGAGAUGGGUGGAUGAUUAUGUCAUUAGUAGCGAAUACCAAAAUGAUGUUGUUGUUAAUACAGCUCUUAUUAACAUGUAUGCAAAAUGUGGAUGUGUAGAUUUGGCACGCAAAGUAUUUGAUCGGACAGCAAAUAAAGAUGUUGUUCUAUGGAGUGCUAUGAUAGUAGCUUAUGGUUCACAUGGUCAGGGCAGAGAAGCUAUUAAUCUUUUCUAUGCAAUGAAACAGGCAAAGGUGUCUCCAAAUGGUGUCACUUUCCUUGGUCUCCUUAUGGCAUGCAAUCAUUCAGGACUUGUGCAAGAGGGAUGGGAAUUUCUCCACAGUAUGAGAGAUUAUGGAAUUGAACCUUGCCACCAACAUUAUGCUUGUGUUGUUGACUUGUUGGGCCGUGCUGGAUAUUUAGAGAUGGCCAAUGACUUUAUCAUGAGAAUGCCAAUUGAACCAUCUAUUUCAGUUUGGGGAGCACUAUUAAGCGCAUGUAAGAUCCAUCGACAUGUGACACUGGGUGAAUAUGCUGCAAAAAGACUUUUUGCUCUAGAUCCACUUAACCGAGGUCAUUAUGUGCAGUUGUCAAAUCUUUAUGCCUCGGUGCAUAUGUGGGAUGGAGUUGGAAAGGUAAGAAUGUUGAUGAAGGAGAAGGGAUUGAUUAAGGACCAGGGAUGUAGUAUGAUUGAAAUCAAUGGCAAGCUAAAUUCUUUCUGUAUGGGAGAUAAAUCCCAUCCUAAAUCAAUGGAGAUAUAAAAAAAGCUUGAGAGUUUACAGAGAACUUUAUUUAUCCCAGAUAAGGAAUCUGCUUUGCAUGAUUUAGAUGAGGAAGGCAAAGACAUGGCUCUCUGCAGCUAUAAUUAGAGACAGCAAUUUCUUAUGGGGCUUAUCAAUACUCCAGGGGCUAUGCUUAGGAUAAGGAGAAACCUAAGGGCACUGUGAACUGCCAUUCAGCAACCAAACUAUGGAGUAAUAUAGUAGUUUGGAAUGAAUUAUGUUUGAUUGCUUCUGCUGAUAAAUAAAACAAGUAACCUUGGAAUGCAUGUCACAACACUCUUUUGCCAAGUGUUCAUAGCAUGUUCCUGUUGAAUUCAGGACAAUCAUAUACUCAAUAUAACAUCAACUCACGUUCAAGCUGAGGGAUUCCUUACAGAAAGGAAGAGAGGACAUUGAGUCAUUGUAUAUGACUAAUUGGAUAAGUGAUAUUUUACAUUUUUUCGACCAAAAUUAAUUUUUUUAAAAAGAAAUCUAAACCAUAUACAUCACCAUGAGCAUACCCUUAUUAUAUAUGUCUCUCUCAAUCAGAGAGACAUGGCAAAAAAUGACUAAGAUGCUAAUAUGCUAUAACCACUGUGGUUGAAUAGGAAGGAAAUUAUACUUUGCAAUUUGCAUCAAGAACAUGGUCAUAGGAUAGUAAAUUAUGGUCUUUGGAGGAAGGGUGGUAACUUGUUUGAUCUUUGAUAAUUUUAUCAAAUCAUGGUAUUUUUGAGAAGAAACAUGGAGAACCAGAGGAUACUGCUUAGCCAUUGUUAUGUUUGUUUUAGAAUUUGCUUGUAUUUGCAGAAUCCCUUACUUCUCUUAUUGUUUUAACUAUUGUAGCUCCACCUCCUUGCCUAGAUAUGAUUGUGAAUAGAAGUAGAAAAGAAGAAAAAGCAAAGAGACUUUUGUAGCAAACAAAAGAAGAAUAUGCCAGGAGAGUCAGCAUGGCUAUGGUGAUGAUGAUGGUGUUGAAGGUGAAUGAGAUUUUGUACAGGAAGAUCUGAAAGUGCCUUUUCAUUGUCGGAAUUGCUCUGGGUUGGGAUGACAAUGGGUCGGAGUGACUACAUUCAUUACCAAAUCCACUCUUAUACUUUUUCCACCCUUGACUCGCAGUGGGUGGACUGUUUUAAAACUCAUCCCUCCUCACCGGAUGCAGGCCAGGCGACGUUUGGACGGUUUGGUACACAGGAAUAAACAAGGGAUCAAAUAGCAUUUCAUGCCAAAUGCCUUGUGAUUUGAUAACAUCACUGUUAAUCAUUUCAAACGGAAAGUUAUAGGUUCAUGUCCCAUCUUAAUUUAAGGGUUAGCAUAUUAUGUGGAAUAGUUACUAUUGAUAGGUUAGAUUGUAUACAUUAAAAAAACAAAAAAAGCAUUUCAUGAAAUAGUACUAUUGUUUUGUUUGGUUAAAUGUAUGUCAUGAAUACAAUUCCAUGGAAUUGGUGAUUUCUGUUGCAAUGAGAAUAUUCACUCCUAAGAUCCCCAUGGUAUCCUUUUUAUUACAAUGA